UGCGCACGUGGUGGGGGCGGCGGGGGUGGUCAAGGAGUCCUGAGGAAGACGCGGGCUUGGGCGAUAGGCAAGCUGAAGGUGUGUGAGAAUUGACUAGGUGAGCCUGGAGGACUGCAGGGGACCCAAGGAGAUGGAGAACCCUGGAGACUGCGGAUUACAUCCUGCGGAUGCAGAUGGGCUAGAAUGGAGUUGGAGGCUACGAAGAGCGGGGGUGGGGGCAGAGGCGUGCUGAGUGCUUCUCCGAGGCUCUGACAUGGAAGAGCUUGCUGGGCCCGGAGCCUGCACCCCCUGUGCCCUUUCAGCAACCCCACUUUGCAGUACCCUCUCCUCAACGCGCAUUGCAGCACCUCAUGGUGGGGGCGGGGAGGGAAGUAAAGAAGGGGGUUGGCUACAGGAAGUGGAGGGCCGCAAGGGCCUGGGGGAGCUGCGGAAUGGUGCGAGAAGGGAGUGUCCAAGGUUUCUUUUGCCUUCAUCUCCCCUGAGGUCGGCUCCUGGAACUCGGUUUGUUUACCUGCACGUUCCCCAGGGCAGCCCCUGAAGUCACCCUGGCAACCCCUGCCGUGUGGACUAAGACCGAACUCUUUUUCUCCCCCCAGUUCCUAGAACUGGGGGCGUGCUGCUGGGCAGAACUAGAGACUGGCCUGGGUCUGAAAAGUGGACCUCUCUGUUUUCUGGCUUCUACCUUCCAGGCCCACAAUGAAAAGGACUAUGCACCUGGUUUCUGCUGGACGUGGAAUCUAUUUAUGGAAGAGGGUGGGGGGGGGGAGGAGGAACUAUCUCUAGCCUACUCUACACCAGACACAGUGCUGGGCGCUUUCACACUGGUUAUCCAUGAAUCCUCUUAACAGCCUUUUAAUUUUGUAGGUGUGGUGGGGACCAACUGAAAGACAUGAAAUUCUGCCUCCUGGGGGCACUGCUGGCCCCCAUCCGAGUGCUUCUGGCCUUUAUCGUCCUCUUUCUCCUCUGGCCCUUUGCCUGGCUGCAAGUAGCUGGUCUUACUGAGGAGCAGCUUCAGGAGCCAAUUACCGGAUGGAGGAAGACUGUGUGCCAUCAUGGGGUGCUGGGCCUCAGCCGCCUGCUCUUUUUCCUGCUGGGUUUCCUCCGGAUUCGAGUUCGGGGCCAGCGGGCCUCUCGCCUUCAAGCGCCUGUCCUGGUUGCCGCCCCUCACUCUACUUUCUUUGACCCCAUUGUUCUGCUGCCCUGUGACCUGCCCAAGGUUGUGUCUCGAGCUGAGAACCUUUCUGUUCCCGUCAUUGGAGCCCUUCUUCGCUUCAACCAAGCCAUCCUGGUGUCCAGGCAUGACCCCGCCUCUCGGCGCAGAGUGGUGGAAGAGGUCCGGAGGCGAGCUACCUCCGGAGGCAAGUGGCCUCAGGUACUAUUCUUUCCUGAGGGCACCUGUUCCAACAAGAAGGCUUUGCUGAAAUUCAAACCAGGAGCCUUCAUCGCGGGGGUGCCCGUGCAGCCUGUCCUCAUCCGCUACCCCAACAGUCUGGACACUACCAGCUGGGCUUGGAGGGGCCCUGGAGUACUCAAAGUCCUCUGGCUCACAGCCUCUCAGCCCUGCAGCAUCGUGGAUGUGGAGUUCCUACCUGUAUACCGCCCCAGCCCGGAGGAGAGCAGGGACCCCACCCUCUAUGCCAACAAUGUCCAGAGGGUUAUGGCACAGGCCCUGGGCAUUCCAGCCACCGAGUGCGAGUUUGUAGAGAGCUUGCCUGUGAUUGUGGUGGGCCGGCUGAAGGUGGCCUUGGAGCCACAGCUCUGGGAACUGGGCAGAGUGCUUCGGAAGGCUGGGCUGUCCCCUGACUGUGUAGACGCUGGGACAGAGCCAGGCCGGAGUCGAAGGAUCAGUCAGGAAGAGUUUGCCAAGCAGCUACAGCUCUCUGACUCCCAGACGGUGGCUGGUGCCUUUAGCUACUUCCAGCAGGAUGCCGAUGGUUUGGUGGACUUCCGAGACGUGGCCCUUGCAUUGGCAGCUCUGAGUGGGGGCAGGAGCCUGGAGGAGCUGACUCGCCUGGCCUUUGAGCUCUUUGCUGAGGAGCCAGAGGAGCAGGCCGAGGAGCAGGCCAAGGGGCCCGGCCGCCUGCUGUACAAAGACGGCUUCAGCACCAUCCUGCACCUGCUGCUUGGCUCGCCGCGCCCCGCUGCCAGGACUCUGCAUGCUGAGCUGUGCCAGGCAGGGGCCCGCCAGGGCCUCUCCCUCUGUGAGUUCCAGGACUUUUCCCUCCACCACCCACUCCACGGGAAGCUCUUCAGCACCUACCUGCGCCCCUCCCAGACACCACCUGCCUCCUCCCCAGGCAGCACCACCGCUCUGGCCAACGGGACUGUGCAAGCCCCCAAGCAGAAGGGCGACUGAGCACCUCGACCCCCGCCCCGCCAGCUCGCACCCGCUCACAGACUCAGGGCAGCACAGACUCAGGGGCCACCCCCUGGGCCUCAAGCCCACCUCUGUCCUGCUUGACUUUUCAUUAUUGUCGUUGAUUUUUUUUUUUUAAGUUGGUUUUCAUUUUUCGUUUAUUUGGUUUUAUUUUGUAAGAAACUAUUUUAUAUAUAAAUAUAUAUCUAUAUCUAUUUAAAAAAAGAAAACGAAGCUCAGUCACAUUGAUGGUAUCAUUAGCUGGGGAGGAAAGGAAGGAGUGGUUGCUGGCUGCCCUGGGAAGACCCCCAAGGGUUCCCAAGGCCAGAUCUCUUGGCCAGAGCCGAUUAGUCCUCACUUGCAGAUGAAUGGAUCAUGUGGAUCUGGUAUCUUCCCUCUUGUUGUCACAGCCUGUAACAGGCCUCCUCCUGAACCUCUUUUCAGCCUGUUCCCUCUUGUUCUGUCCUCAUUAAAGAAUAGCUGACCACCACUU